AUGAGGAAGCCAGAUCAAGGAGGCUCUACGGGGAAAGACAAUAACAACUCCAACGUUGUGAACAAGCUGAGGAAGGGACUUUGGUCACCUGAAGAGGAUGACAAGCUCAUGAACUACAUGCUCAACAAUGGCCAAGGAUGUUGGAGUGAUGUCGCGAGAAAUGCCGGCUUGCAACGCUGCGGUAAAAGUUGCCGUCUUCGUUGGAUCAACUACUUGAGGCCUGACCUCAAGCGUGGUGCUUUUUCACCUCAAGAGGAAGAGCUCAUCAUCCAUUUGCAUUCCCUUCUUGGCAACAGGUGGUCCCAAAUUGCGGCACGAUUGCCAGGAAGAACCGACAACGAAAUAAAGAAUUUUUGGAACUCGACAGUGAAGAAACGUCUCAAGAACUUGUCAACCUCAUCCACACCCUCACCUAACACAAGCGACUCGUCGUUCGAGCUCAAAGACUCCAUGGAAGCUGCAAGGGGGCACAACAUAAUUCCCUGCAGGCAAUUAGAGAACAAUGCCAACAUGUUCUCCAGUACCUACAAUCUGCAGGACUCUUCGCCGACUUCAAUCCAAUCCAGUGCCAUCAACAGCCACAUGAUCCGUCCCUUACCGAUGCUUGAUCUUGAUCAUGAUCAUCAUCAUGGUGGCCUGAUUAACAACAUGUUUGGUCCAAACGGGUACAAUAACAUUAAUCCUUCCUCAUCAUGCAUGGCAGUACAUGAGAUUGGCAUUAAUGGAUCAGGUGAUGAUCAUGAUAAUCAUGGAUUAUUCUUUGGAGAAAGUGGGGUUUUUGGUAGUGCUAAUAUUGGUUCAGAGGCAGAGAUUUUUGUUCCUCCUUUGGAGAGUAUAAGCACUACUGAAGAAAGCUAUACCGAUCAUCAUCAUCAUCAGAGAAUAAUCUAUGAUGAUCAUCAUAGGAACAGUAGUUACAACAACAUGGUGAAUAACAUAAACAGUAAUAUCGUCAACUGCAAUAACAAUAUUAAUAUCAAAGCCGAAAACCAAAGUGGGGUUGAGAAUUAUUUCCAAGCGGAGCUAACAGUUGGAGAGUGGGACUUGGAAGAUUUGAUGAAAGAUGUUUCCUCCUUCCCUUUUCUCGACUUCCAAAUCGAAUAAUUCCUUAUAGAAAAAAAUUUUCCAGUUAAAUUCUUUUUUAAUU